AUGAGCAUCAAAAAGGAAGAUGUGGAGAUGUUUCUAGAUGGAAACCCAGAGUUUGCAAAGAGGUACUUUGCAAAAAAGCUCAAAACUGGAACUGUGGCAUCCCUAAUGGGAAUUCCAGAGUCCAAAGUGGAUUUGGACUCUUUUGAGCUGGUGUGUCAGGUGGAGGAAGGUGCAUUAUUCUUUGAUUUGAUCAAAGAUAUGCAGGAGAACGUCAACAUGGAGAAGGUGAUCUUCAAAAUCCUGAAGCGACUCAGUGCUCUGAUCCAUGCUGACCGAUGCAGUCUUUUCAUGUACAGGCAGAGGAAUGGCAUAGCUGAAUUGGCCACUCGGCUGUUUAACAUCAAUGCUUCAUCAAAGAUGGAAGACUGUGUGGUUCCACCCGACUCUGAGAUUGUUUUCCCUCUUGAUAUUGGCAUAGUUGGGCAUGUUGCCCAAUCCAAGAAAAAUAUUAAUGUCAAGGAUGUUCAAGAGAAUAGCUACUUCAGUACCUUUGUUGAUGAGCUGACAGAAUACACCACCCGCAACAUCUUGGCUACUCCCAUCAUGAAUGGCAAAGAUGUGGUGGCAGUCAUCAUGGCCGUCAAUAAAAAUAACGGACCCCAUUUCACAGAUGAGGAUGAAGAUCUUUUUUUAAAGUAUCUAAAAGUUGGAACGUUGAACUUGAAGAUUUAUCACCUGAGCUAUCUGCACAAUUGCGAGACACGUAAAGGCCAGCUGCUUUUGUGGUCUGCUAACAAAGUGUUUGAAGAGCUCACGGAUAUUGAGCGUCAGUUCCACAAAGCUUUGUACACAGUGCGGGCAUACCUCAACUGUGAUCGCUACUCUGUCGGUCUGCUGGACAUGACCAAGGAAAAGGAAUUCUUUGAUGUCUGGCCUGUGUUGAUGGGAGAACAACCACCAUACACUGGUCCCGUUACUCCAGAUGGGAGGGAAAUCAACUUUUAUAAAGUCAUUGACUACAUUUUACAUGGAAAAGAGGAGAUCAAAGUCAUACCAAAUCCACCUGCAGACCACUGGGCACUGGCUAGUGGCCUACCAACCUACGUUGCAGAAAGUGGCUUUAUCUGCAAUAUCAUGAAUGCACCAGCAGAGGACAUGUUCAAAUUUCAGAACAAAGCACUUGAUGACAGUGGCUGGACUAUUAAAAAUGUGCUGUCUCUGCCGAUCGUCAACAAAAAGGAAGAAAUUGUGGGAGUGGCAACAUUUUAUAACAGGAAAGAUGGCAAGCCAUUCGAUGAGCAAGAUGAACAACUAAUGGAGGCUUUGACCCAAUUUCUGGGCUGGUCGGCGCUCAACACAGACACCUAUGACAAGAUGAAUAAACUGGAGAACAGGAAAGACAUCGCCCAGGACAUGGUGCUGUACCACGUCAAGUGUCGAGAUGAUGAGAUUCAGAAUAUCCUUAAAACCAGGGAGUAUUUUGGGAAAGAACCAAAGGACUGUGAAGAGGACGAACUUUUGCAGAUCCUGAAAAAAGAACUUCCAGGGAAAAAUAAAUUUGAAAUAUAUGAAUUCCGGUUUUCCGACUUUGACUGCACAGAACUGGAAUUGGUGAUGUGUGGUAUCCAAAUGUACUAUGAAGUUGGUGUUGUGAAGAAGUUUCAGGUCCCUCAGGAGGUACUAGUACGGUUCAUGUAUUCUGUGAGCAAGGGCUACAGAAAAAUCACCUAUCACAACUGGCGCCAUGGCUUCAAUGUUGGACAAACCAUGUUCACAUUACUAACGACAGGGCAGCUGAAGCGAUACUACACAGAUUUGGAGGUCAUGGCCAUGAUCACUGCUGGAUUCCUUCAUGAUAUUGACCACAGAGGCACCAAUAAUCUCUAUCAAGUGAAAUCCCAAAAUCCACUAGCAAAGCUUCAUGGUUCAUCCAUUCUGGAGAGGCAUCAUUUAGAGUUUGGCAAAUUUUUACUUGGAGAUGAGUCUUUAAACAUUUUCCAAAACUUGAACAGAAGACAGAUUGAGCAUGUUUUCCACCUAAUUGACAUCGCCAUUAUUGCAACUGACCUUGCCUUGUAUUUCAAGAAGAGGACAAUGUUCCAGAAAAUUGUGGAUCUUUCUGAGACAUAUGAGGACGAGAAGAAAUGGGUCGAUUUCUUGUCUCUGGAAACGACAAGGAAGGAAAUUGUAAUGGCCAUGAUGAUGACUGCUUGUGAUCUGUCAGCCAUCACCAAACCAUGGGAGGUUCAGAGCAAGGUGGCACUCUCUGUAGCAGCUGAAUUCUGGGAGCAGGGUGACUUAGAGAGGACUGUACUUGAGCAACAACCCAUUCCCAUGAUGGACAGGAACAAAGCUGCAGAACUGCCCAAGCUUCAGUGCGGUUUUAUAGACUUUGUCUGCACUUUCGUUUACAAGGAGUUCUCACGGUUCCACAAAGCCAUCCAACCCAUGUAUGAUGGCAUCCAGAACAACCGGAAAGAGUGGAAGGCUUUACAGGAGGCAUAUGAGGCGAAGCUGAAGGCAGCUGAAGAAGCAGCCAAGGCGAAAGCAGAAGCAGAAGCAGCCAAAAAAGCUGCCGCUAAUAACCCAUCAUCAUCGGGGUCCAAGACCUGCUCAAUCUGCUAG